UCUGGGAUGGAACGUUGAGACCGAGAGUGACCCCGUGUGCUUCGGUAGCAUAUUAGGAGGUGCGACGAGCCCGAGUCUUAGCUCACGCUGGGCGAGGAACGUUGAGUAUGCCCUCGUUCUCAGUUUGAGCUUUAUCAGGGCGAGCAAAACCCUAACCAGGAGUCAAGAUGCGCAUAAUGAUUCCCCAAAUUGUCAUGACUCUCCCCGUCGCGGGGCUCGGGGCAUCCUCGAUCCUCGGCCACGCCGUCCCGGACUACACCACAUCCGAGGCCGGCAACCCGUUCAUAGAAGGUUGGUACGCGGACCCGGACACGGAAAUUUACAACGGGCUCUACUGGGUGUAUCCCACAUCGUCGUACCCCUAUGACGAGCAGACCUACCUGGACGCCUUCUCCUCGCCCGACCUGGUGCACUGGACCAAGCACCCCAACAUCCUGACGACGGCCAACGUGUCCUGGGCGACCCGCGCCGUGUGGGCGCCGGCCCCAAUCUCGCGCAACGGCAAGUAUUACCUCUACUUUGGGGCCAACGACAUCCAGACGGACGACGAGGUGGGCGGCAUCGGCGUGGCGGUGGCCGACCGGCCCGAGGGCCCCUACGUCGACGCCAUCGGUGAGCCGCUGAUCGGGGCGUACCACAACGGCGCGCAGCCCAUCGACCAGGACGUCUUCAUCGACGACGCCGACGGACAGGCGUACAUCUACUACGGCGGGCACUCGCACGCCAACGUGGCCAAGCUGAACAACGACAUGGUCAGCAUCGGCGUCUUCGACGACGGCACGCAGUUCAGGGAGAUCACGCCGACCAACUACGUCGAGGGCGCGCAGAUGUUCAAGCGCAACGGCACCUACUACAUGAUGUGGUCCGAGGGCGGCUGGGGCGGGCCCGACUACGCCGUCAGCUACGCCAUGAGCGACUCGCCCCUAGGGCCCUUCGAGCGGCAGGCCAAGAUCCUGCAGCAGGACCCUGCCGUGGCGACGGGCAGCGGCCACAACGGCGUCAUCAACGUCCCGGGGACCGACAUCUGGUACAUCGUCUACCACCGGCGCCCGCUGUCCGAGACCGACGGCAACCACCGCGUCGUGUGCUACGACCGCAUGUACUUCGACCCGGACGACGGCACCAUCCGGCCCGUCCGGAUGCUCGUCAGGGACAACUUCGCCGACGGCCGCAUGAUCGCCUGGACAACCUACGGCGGCAGCGCCUUCUCCGUCGCCGACGGCCGCCUCCGAGCCGCCGCCGCCACCCCCGACGCCGCCGGGAUGGCCCUCCUCGACACAAACUUCACCGACCUCGUCUUCGACGCCGACGUCGCCCUCACGCCCUCUACCGACGCCUACGCUUACGGCGAUGCCGGGCUAGUCUUCCGCGCCUCGAACCCCGCGGACGGCGGGCCGCACGCCUUCAAGGGCUACUACGCCGGCAUCGGCCCAGGCGGCAGGGUGAUACUCGCCCGGUCGGACGGCGACGGUAGCAGCUGGCAGAAGCUCGGCUCGGCGACCGUGGCGUCGGCGGCCGGCGGGCCGAUCCACCUCCGCGUCUGCGCCGUGGGCGACGCCAUCAGGGUCUACUUGGUUGGGGGCGACGGCGACGGCGGCGGCGGCGCGGCUAGGCCCGUGAUCGCCGUCGAGGACGGCACGUACGCGGCCGGCCGGGACGGGGUGCGCGUCUUUGGGGCCGCGGCGGCGUUUGCGAACGUCUCUGUCUCGAGG